AAGAUAUUGAAUCUCCAGAAACUUGGUGGCUUGGCUAUAAAAUUCCUAAUCAUUAUUUACAAAAACUUGCAUUACAUAUAUUAGCAAUUACUCUACAUAGUGCAAGUUGUAAUAAAGAAGAAAAUAUUGAUGCUAAUUAUGUUUCUGAUACUGAAAACUUGGAUGAUCUUUUACAAUUUAGUGAAGAAACUUUGGAUGUUAGAUUUUAA